UGGUGACGUCACGGCGCUCGUCGGCGCCGUCUAUGGCGUCACGGGCCGGGCCCACCUGGCGUUCUAGGGAUCCUUGGCUGGAGGCUACGCAGGCGGCGGGCGCGCGCGCGCGGCGGGAUGAAGAAGGUGGUUUCAAAGCAGUCUCCGCCCAGGUUGAUCGGUGGGUGCGCUCCCUCGCGCGGGGCGCUGGUUGUUAUGGACACAGCGGCAGCCGCUGGCUGGCGGGCGCGCGCGGGGUCGCCGCGGGUGCGGCGCAGCCUCGGUGUCUCCGGGCCCGGCGGUGCAGGGUCACGCUCAUCGCCCGGGCAGCACCAUGAAGUCUCUAAAGAAGGAAUCCCGCCUCAGAAUAACUCCAGCCAAGUUAUUAGAAGCCGCAGAGAGCUUCAAAGAAAAGAAGCGGGCAAAGGGACCUGAACAACCCACACCCCCAAUUCAGGAAGAGCCUGAACCUGUUAGCAAUGUACUCCAAGGAGAUGACAUUCUUGCCUUGGCCAUUAAGAGGGAAGACUUGAAGGAGCAACACAUUCCUCGCCUUACUGAAAAGGAAGGUAAACCCGUCAUUACCCAGAAAUGUAUCAUCCGUAAACUCAAACCCACGGACCCUAGGCGGAAGGUCUGCCACCUCAUAGCACGCCCUGCGAAUCCCGACGCGGCCACAAAGCCUCUGGACUACUCUGGUCCCGGUGACAGCUUCGAUGGCAGUGACCAGAUCCUGCCCCACCACAUCCUGGGGAGUCUCCAGGACUUUAGGAGAAUUGCACUUGCUCGAGGGAAUACCCAGCUGGCUGAGCUCAUACCUACCUCACCCUGUCUGAUGACCCUCAUCUCAGCUAAAGAAGAGUCAAAGCAAAAAGCCCCAAAGGAAGAGAAGAGACCUCCCUGGGCCCCACCUCCUCAGCACAACUUUCUGAAAAACUGGCAGCGUAACAUAGCCCUGCGGAAGAAGCAGCAGGAAGCCCUCAGCGAACACCUGAAAAAGCCGGUCAGCGAGCUGCUCAUGCAUACUGGGGAGACCUACAGACGGAUCCAGGAGGAGCGGGAGCUCAUUGACUGUACACUUCCAACCCGGCGUGAUAGGAAAAGCUGGGAGAACAGUGGGUUCUGGAGUCGACUGGAGUACUUGGGAGAUGAGUUGACAGGUCUGGUCAUGACCAAGACAAAAACUCAGCGUGGCCUCAUGGAGCCCAUCACUCACAUCAGGAAGCCGCACUCCAUCCGGGUGGAGACAGGAUUACCAGCCCAGAGGGACGCUUCGUACCGCUACACCUGGGAUCGGAGUCUGUUUCUGAUCUACCGACGCAAGGAGCUACAGAGAAUCAUGGCAGAGCUGGAUUUCACCCAGCAGGAUAUUGAUGGCUUGGAGGUGGUGGGCAAAGGGCAGCCCUUCUCGGCUGUCACUGUGGAAGACUACACAGUGUUUGAAAGGAGCCAGGAAAGCUCCUCUGAAGAAGAUACAACAUACUUAAGCUCAUUGGCCAGUUCCUCUGAUGUCCCCAUGCCUAUUCUCGGCCCUUCUCUGCUGUUUUGUGGGAAGCCAGCUUGCUGGAUCAGAGGCAGUAACCCCCAGGACAAGAGGCAGAUCGGGAUUGCUGUUCACUUGACCUUUGAAACCCUAGAAGGGGAGAAAACCUCCUCAGAACUGACCGUGGUCAAUAAUGGCACUGUGGCCAUUUGGUACCACUGGCAACGGCGGCACCAGCAGGACAGUUUCCAAGACCUGAAGAAAAACAGGAUGCAGCGGUUUUACUUUAACAACCGGGAAGGUGUGAUUCUGCCUGGAAAAACUAAAAGCUUUACCUUCUUCUUCAAGUCUUUGACUGCUGGGAUCUUCAGGGAAUUUUGGGAGUUUGGAACCCAUCCUACUCUAUUAGGAGGUGCUAUGCUGCAGGUCAAUCUCCAUGCGGUCUCCCUGACCCAGGACGUUUUUGAGGAUGAAAGGAAGGUACUGGAGAGCAAGCUGACUGCCCAUGAGGCAGUCACCAUCGUUCACGGAGUGCUGCAGGAGCUGCUGAUGGGGAUCUUGACCCCGGAGCGCACACCAUCACCUGUGGACGCCUAUCUCACCGAGGAAGACUUGUUCCAGCACAGGAAUCCUGAGCUACAUUACGACCACCAAGUGCUGCAGAGCCUGCACGGGCUGUGGCUGCAGUACAUGACUCUUCCCCCAAAGGCUGAAGACGCCAGGCCAGGGGACGAGGAACACCUCAACCCCAUAGCCACAGAGAAAAUCUCCGGAAAUACCGAGCUCUUACCACACCUUAGGAGCCCCAUCUCAGAACCUCAAGUGUCCCGGCCCGAGAACGAGGCCCUCAGGGAAUCUGGGUCCCAGAAGGCCAGAGUGAGGACCAAGAGUCCUCGGCGGAAAAGCAUCAUGGAGGAGAUCCUGGUGGAGGAAAGCCCAGAAGUGGACAGUGCCAAAAGCCCCUGGGAGCCGGACGGCCUUCCCCUGCUGGAGUGGAACCUCUGCCUGGAGGACUUCAGAGAGGCAGUGAUGGUGCUCCCUGAUGAGAACCAGAGAGAGGAUGCGCUGAUGAGGCUCAACAGAGCAGCCCUGGAGCUGUGCCAGAAGCCAAGGCCACUGCAGUCCGACCUCCUGCACCAGAUGUGUUUGCAGCUGUGGCGAGAGGUGAUUGACAGCCUGGUGAGCCAUUCCCUGUGGCUGAGGGCUCUGCUGGGCCUGCCUGAUAAGGAGACCAUCUAUUUGAAUGUGCCCGAAGAGCAAGAUCAAAAGUCACUUCCCAUCAUGGAAGUGAAGGUGCCUGCCGGGAAAGUUGGGAAGGAGGAGCGGAAAGGAGCGGCCCAGGAAAAGAAGCAACUGGGGAUCAAAGACAAAGAGGACAAAAAAGGAGCCAAGCUGCCCGGGAAAGAGGACCGUCCCAACAGCAAGAAGCACAAGGCAAAGGACGACAAGAGAGUCAUAAAAUCUGCAAGUCGGGAUAGGUUGACCUUGGAAGACCCUACCCCUGACAUCAUCCUCCCUUCUCAGGAACCCAUAGACCCCCUGGUCAUGGAGAAAUACACCCAGAGGCUGCACACUGAGGUCCAUGGGCUGCUGGACACCCUGGUGACCGACCUGAUGGUCCUAGCUGAUGAGCUCAGCCCUGUAAAGAAUGUCGAAGAGCAUUUGCAUCUCUGCAGGUGACUCAGGCCCAAGCAAUCUUCUGGAAAAUGGGUUAAUAAAUAAAUCUAUUAUG